UGCGCCGUGUGGGUUGGAAGCUGCGCUCCUACGCGUUCACCGAAAAGAUCCACCGCUCGGCACCAUGUCCGCGUGCAGAGAAUGAAAAGCUCGGAUCGCAGCUGCCGCACGGGAAGAACCGGAGCGCGUCCUCCGUAACCGGUAACGCUGCCGCUCACCCCGUGGGUUUAUAAUGGCAUCUCAGCGGGCAGCUUUGUUUGGAACCCACUGUCCCAAUCCUAUUGCAUUUGCCUUAUAAAAAAAAGAGAUCUUUGCGCUCUCGUUAGACCUCGGAGUGGAUUAUAAAUAUUUACUAUUAUUUUUCUGAUCGGAUUGUGUGAUGAUCGAUACCUACAUAUUGACAUGAAGAAGGAUAUCGAGGUGCUGAUAGCAGAGGAACGUGCACAGAUCAUCUGUAAAUAUGAUAAGGGUAGGGAGGAGGGGGUUGAGAUCGACCCUUGGGAAGAUGCAGACUACAGCAUUUACAAGGUCACGGAUCGCUUCGGCUUCCUGCAUGAGGAAGAGCUCCCCAUUCCAACUCUUGUUGAAGAGAAGCAAAAGCAGCUGGAGGUUGACCGCGUACAGAAAUGGUUGAAGAUGGUCCGAAAAUGGGAGAAGUACAAAAACAGCGAGCGGAUGGUAAAGAGGGUGUACAAGGGUAUUCCAUUGCAACUACGAGGUCAAGCAUGGAGCCUACUUCUAGAUGUGGAGGAGGUUAAGAAGGAGAACGAAGGGAAAUACGAGAGAAUGAUCGAACAAGCCAAGAUCUACUCGACGGAAAUUAAACAGAUCGAUCUUGACGUGAACAGGACCUUCCGAAACCAUAUCAUGUUCAUGGAUCGGUUUGGAGUAAAGCAGCAGUCGCUGUUCCACGUGCUCAGUGCGUACUCUGUGUACAACACGGAGGUGAGCUAUUGCCAGGGUAUGAGUCAGAUUGCUGCUAUUUUGCUGAUGUACAUGAACGAAGAAGAUGCAUUCUGGGCCAUGUCCCAGCUGCUGACCAAUCAGAAACACAGCAUGCAUGGCUUCUUCAUUCCUGGAUUUCCCAAACUGCACAGAUUCCAGAACCACCAUGAUCAGAUUCUGUCCAAACUUCUCCCAAAACUGAAGAAACAUUUGGACAGGGAGCAGAUGUUCAGCGGUAUUUACAGUACUAAAUGGUUCCUGCAGUGUUUUAUUGACCGGACACCAUUCACCCUGACCUUACGCCUGUGGGACAUCUUUAUCCUUGAGGGAGAGAAGAUCCUCACAGCCAUGGCCUACACUAUCCUUAAACUGCACAAGAAGCGUUUGUUGAAGAUGUCGCUAGAGGAGCUGAGAGAGUUCCUGCAGGAGACGAUAGCCGAAACGUUCGAGGUCAGCGACGAUGCGGUCAUCGAGCAGCUUCAGGUCUCCAUUUCAGAGCUGCGCAAAAUGAAGCUGGACCUUCCAUCUCCAGCUAAACCUGAUGAGCUGCCACGGAAGCCCCUCGGUGUGGAGCAGCCUGUCCUCCUCACCCCAAUGCAACCGCACAGCCCGACCACAGAUCAGGAAACACCAGACAAGAGCCAGCUAGCCAAACAUUUUCCAGCUUCCCUCCAGAUCUCACUCCAGGAAUCAAUCGUUCCUGAUCAGGAACGAUCCUCCCCAGAAGAUAACGUGCUCUAUGAGGCUCGGGAUGUAUACAACGUAUCUCCGUUUUCCUCCCCUGACCCGGUUCUAGUGCAUACAGAGAUCGUUUUUGGCCCAAAUGCAGCGACGGAAGCUCACGAAGAGCAGCCACCACCAUACGAGCCCUGCAGAAAAGCCGAAACAAGCUUUUCGCAAGCUACAGCAGAGGGCGCUUUAUUCGUAACGCACCCAAGCAAGCUCCACUUGACGUUAUCGAAAGCCUCUGCGCAAAAAUACGAGAACCUCCCAGGUAGAGAAGCGCUGAAGAGAAGCGAGGAGAGAAAAAUUGUAUCAGAGAAGUCUGUGGUAUUACCUCAGAACUCUGCUUUUAUUAAACGUCCCCACUCAGACCCUGCACAAGCAUCAUCUACCCCACACACAGAGCUUUCAUUAUCCACAGCAGGAAGGAAACUGAUGACUGUUCCCUCAGACCCGCUGUUUGCCCGCCAUGAUUUUCCCAAUCUCCCCAAAUCAGAGACUUUUUAAGCCGGCUGUAAGUUCAUUGACUUUAGUUGUUUGUUUUUUGUUUUUUGACUCCUUUUCAAUAUCAUUCUUCCUGAAGGAUAUUGUUCAAGUUCUCAAAAAGGAUGUUACAGGGGAUGCAAUAUAAUCCAUCAUACUGUGCCUGAGUAGAGAUGCAACCAAUGUUCAGUGCACCAGGUAAUAGUUUACAAACUAUUAUUUAUAAGCAAAAAAAAAUAAGGUCCUAAAUUAAUCAUUUGAGCUUUAAGAGGUGAGAAAAUGAAAAUCUGUUAAGGAAAAAACAAAGAUAAUGAUUUCUGUUAUAAAAAGUGAGCUGGCUCGCUGUUCUACAUGAGCCACAAAAACCAUCCUCAGCCGUAUUAAUAUAUUUUGGCUUUUUCAGUUCUUAAUUUAUUGCUUUUUUUUAUUGUCGUUUGAAACAAGGGAAAAUAUCUGGCUAAAAAAAAGAUUUCGUAAAUCCUGGAUUUAUUCAACAGCAAUCGAAAACCAAAAAAAAAUCAAAUGUUAUUAUCAUUUUAAUUAUUACUACCAGUCGUUUUUUUUUUGCUUUUGAAUAAGUUGCAAUUUAUCGUUUUUUUAUGCUUUUAAGCGUUAACGCUUAAACAAAAAAACACGCAGCAAUAAACUAAUUUGUUGCAUUAAUUCACAAAA